AACUACAAGGAAUUGUCACCUUGACAGCCACAAAAAAAAAAAGACAAUUUUAUUUUUUGGAAUGAGAUAAAAAGGUCAUAAGAAAAGCCACUCAAUAAAAAUUCCACAAAAAAAGAACUGAAAAUUAGCCAAUUAAUUACCAAAAAUAGAAUAAAUGUUAAUCAAUUGCUAAAAGUUACGUACGUACAUACAUAUAUUUUCUAGCCUAUAACAAAAAUUCCAACAAAAGUGCAAAGAACAGAAAACAAAGAGCAGGCAGUAAAAUAUAGAAAAAGAAAAAAAAUACUGAUUGAAGAGAAAAAAAUGACGGGUACAUUUAGCGUGAAGUUAAAAUCGAAAAAUGGUCAAUUCAUUGUUAAGGAUUUAUCAAACAAAACAACGGUAGCUGAUCUCAAACAACGUGUGGCGCAAGCAACGCAAAUAAGAGAACCUCAACUGCACAUACUGAUGGGGUUUCCACCAAGACCCCUGGAUUUGGCGCACAAUAGCCAGCAGCGUACGCUUGAGGGCUGUGGUAUAUCGAGUGGCGAGACAUUGAUUGUUGAAGAAAAACCUGAAUCGGAAGUUGUUGUAGAUGCCACUCUGGAGGAUGAUGAAGCUUUAGCCAGACGUUUACAGGCCGAGGAGGAGGAGCAACAGUUACGGGAAGUAGUGGCUGCAGCAACCGUCGCCAAUACUAAUACUAGUGAAAUACCUGAUGUGGAUUUGUCGCUUCCCGGUUCAAGUGGCAACUUUAAUGGUAUACUCUUGAAGAAAGUGGUACCUGCCGACAAUUCCUGCUUAUUCACCAGUGUGCGUUUCGUACUCAACGGCAAGGUAGACAAUGAGGGCAGUGAAAUGAUGCGUCAUAUAAUUGCCCAAGAGGUGGCGACCAACCUUCAAGAAUAUAAUGAUGCAGUUUUGGGUAAAUCAAAUGCGGAGUAUUGUGCAUGGAUACAAAAACCCGAUUCAUGGGGUGGUGCUAUCGAGGUGGCCAUACUUUCUAGUUACUAUGGCAUUGAAAUUGAUGUCGUUGAUAUUCAAAAUGCAAUUAUUAAUCGUUUUGGUGAAGAUAAAAAUUACGGUCUAAGAGUUUUUCUACUAUUCGAUGGCAUUCACUACGAUCCAUUAUAUAUGGAAACUGAUGGUGGCGGUGCACCGGCUACUAUCUUCCCCGUUGAGGAAAUGGGUGUCUAUCAGCAGGCUGAACAAUUGGCCAAAGAAGCCAAAUCAUCACGUCAAUUUACCAAUGUCGAUAAAUUCUCUUUACGCUGUUUGCAGUGCGACGUUAUGCUUGUCGGGCAAUUGCAGGCCACCCAACAUGCUAAAGCUACCGGACAUGCAAAUUUUGGGGAAAUUUAAUAUCUCUUAAUAUUGGGGUCGCUUUAUAUGUUUGCCUUUUGCGUAUUUAUCUAUUAUUUAAUAACACAAUGGGUCUUGCCAGCCAAUUCCGUACUCUGAAACAUCACUUUAUUCAAAAACCCUCAACUCAACAAAGAAAUAAAAAGGAAUCGCGAAAUAAACCAACACAAAUUAUAAACAA